AUGCCGGGCAAGCAAGAGACGUUCGGUUUCCAGGCCGAGAUCAGCCAGCUUCUGGACCUGAUCAUCAAUAUCUUCCUGCGUGAGCUUAUCUCCAACUCUUCGGACGCUCUCGACAAGAUCCGCUAUGCCGCCCUUACCGACCCUUCGCAGCUCGACACUGAGAAGGACCUCUACAUCCGCAUCACCCCUAACAAGGAGGAGGGAACCCUUACUAUCCGCGACACUGGUCUCGGUAUGACCAAGGCCGACCUUGUCAACAACCUCGGUACCAUCGCCAAGUCUGGUACCAAGGCGUUCAUGGAGGCUCUCUCCUCGGGUGCCGACAUUUCCAUGAUUGGACAGUUCGGUGUUGGUUUCUACUCGGCCUACCUCGUCGCCAACCGCGUCCAGGUCACGACCAAGCACAACGACGACGAGCAGUACAUCUGGGAGUCUUCUGCCGGUGGCACUUUCACCAUCACUGAGGACACUGACGGCCCCCGUCUCGGCCGCGGUACCCAGAUCAAGCUGUUCAUGAAGGACGACCAGAAGGAGUACCUCGAGGACAAGAAGAUCCGCGAGAUCGUCAAGAAGCACUCCGAGUUCAUCUCGUACCCCAUCCAGCUCGUUGUCACCAAGGAGGUCGAGAAGGAGGUCCCCGACGAGGACGCCGAGGAGGCCAAGGACGGCGACUCGAAGAUCGAGGAGGUCGACGACGAGGACUCUGGCAAGAAGAAGAAGACCAAGACCAUCAAGGAGACCACCACCGAGAACGAGGAGCUCAACAAGCAGAAGCCCAUCUGGACUCGCAACCCCAACGAUGUCACCCCUGAGGAGUACUCUGCCUUCUACAAGUCGAUCUCCAACGACUGGGAGGACCAGCUCGCUACCAAGCACUUCUCCGUUGAGGGUCAGCUCGAGUUCAAGGCCAUCCUCUUCAUCCCCAAGCGUGCUCCCUUCGACCUCUUCGAGACCAAGAAGAAGCGCCACAACAUCAAGCUCUACGUUCGUCGCGUUUUCAUCACCGAGGACAACGAGGACCUCAUGCCCGAGUACCUCAACUUCGUCGUUGGUGUUGUCGACUCUGAGGACCUCCCCCUCAACAUCUCGCGUGAGACCCUCCAGCAGAACAAGAUUCUCAAGGUCAUCCGCAAGAACCUUGUCAAGAAGACCAUGGACCUCAUCUCCGAGAUCGCUGAGGACAAGGAGGCCUUCGACAAGUUCUACCAGGCCUUCUCCAAGAACCUCAAGCUCGGUAUCCACGAGGACGCUGCCAACCGCAACAAGCUCGCCGAGUUCCUCCGCUUCUACUCGACCAAGUCUGGAGACGAGAUGACCUCGUUCAAGGACUACAUCACCCGCAUGCCCGAGGUCCAGAAGUCGAUCUACUACCUCACCGGCGAGUCCCUCGAGGCCGUCCGCGAGUCGCCCUUCCUUGAGGCCCUCAAGAAGAAGGGCUUCGAGGUCCUUCUCCUUGUCGACCCCAUCGACGAGUACGCCGUUACCCAGCUCAAGGAGUUUGACGGCAAGAAGCUCGUCUGUGUCUCCAAGGAGGGACUCGAGCUCGAGGAGACCCCCGAGGAGAAGGCUGAGCUCGAGAAGGAGCAGAAGGAGUUCGAGGACCUCUGCAAGAACAUCAAGGAGACCCUUGGUGACCGUGUCGAGAAGGUUGUCGUCUCCAACCGUAUCACCGACUCGCCCUGCGUUCUCGUCACUGGUCAGUUCGGCUGGUCCUCGAACAUGGAGCGUAUCAUGAAGGCUCAGGCCCUCCGUGACUCCUCCAUGUCUUCGUACAUGGCUUCCAAGAAGACCCUUGAGAUCAACCCCCAGCACCCGAUCAUCAAGGAGCUCAAGAAGAAGUCGGACGAGGACAAGGGUGACAAGACCGUCAAGGACCUUACCACCCUCCUCUACGAGACUUCGCUCCUCACCUCGGGCUUCACCCUCAACAACCCCCAGGACUUCGCUUCGCGCAUCAACCGCAUGAUCUCGCUCGGUCUCUCCAUCGACGACGCCGACGUCGGUGCCCCCGAGCCCUCGACCGAGUCCGCCCCUGCUCUCGAGGAGGCCGGCGGCUCCAUGGAGGAGGUCGACUAA